AUGGCCAAUUUUCGGCAAUUCGUCCCCAGCGACCUCAGCAAGCUGUCCAAAUGCAAUCUUGAUCCCUUCACCGAGACCUACGAUCUUUCCUUCUACCUCCAAUACCAUGCCAAGUGGCCGUCUCUCUUCCAGGUCGCCGAAGACCAGCAUGGCAACAUCAUCGGCUACAUCAUGGGAAAGCUCGAGUCCUCUCCGGACAUCUACAAAUACUCUGAACACUAUCUUCCAUGGCACGCGCACAUCACUGCCGUGACCGUAGCCCCCGAGGCGCGCAGGCUGGGGAUCGGCAAGCUGCUGUCGCAGCAGCUCGAGGCGGCCGCCGACGCCGGUGACGCCUGGUUCGUCGAUCUGUUUGUUCGCAAGUCCAACCACAAGGCCAUCAGGUUCUACAAGAGCAUGGGUUACAGCGUCUUCAGGGUUGUCAAGGACUACUACGGUGACCACUCGAGCGAUCCGACCCUUGACUCCGAGGACGCCUACGACAUGCGAAAACCGUGCGCGCGUGACGUCAAGCGCAAACACAUACGCGACGAUGGGGAAAACCACGAGGUAAAUCCCGAGGAUGUCUGGUAG